AUGCAGCUCAAAAGCUCCAUCGCAGCCCUUCUGCAAUGUCUAGCGGCAUCGGCAACAUGGACGGCGUACGAAGAAUAUCUCUCGGGACUACCAAAGCACAUAUCAAGGCGACCAAGCCAUCGCCCCAGCCUCACGUUCAAGCCCAACGAGCCUUGGAAUCCCCUGCCGUCCUCGCCGCCUCGCCACAAGACUUGCUACGUUCACAGCCAUGAUGAUCUGAAGACAGACGAUUCGAAAUACAUCCUCGAAGCGUUGCGGGAGUGGGGCGAUAUUGGAACAGCGUUGAAUCUACAGUUCUUGAAGCACAUUGAUAUCGACAUCCAAGCCUACAUCCAAUUAACCAACGACACAGCCUACUGGCAAUCCCACGCUUUCAACCAGACCUUCCAAAACGCCACAACCUUCUUCCAACUCGGCGGCACCGAUGUAAAUGUCUACGGCGGCGGGAUGCUCGACGGCAACGGGCAGGUCUGGUACGAUCUGUAUGCUGAGGACAUCUACAUUCUCCGGCCGAUCCUUGUCGGCGUCAUUGAUUUGCACAGCGGAAGCAUCUCCAAUCUCUGCUGGAGAUACUCGCCGCAGUGGUAUAGUCUUACCGCCAAUUCGACAGAUGUGGUUUUCUCUGGCAUUGAUGUGAGUGGGUAUAGCCAGAGCUCCAAUACGGCGAAGAACACGGAUGGCUGGGAUACGUACCGGAGUUCGAACAUCGUCAUUCAGGAUUCGGUGAUCAAUAACGGGGAUGACUGUGUGAGUUUCAAGCCGAAUAGCACGGAGAUUCUUGUGCAGAACUUGCAUUGCAAUGGGAGCCAUGGGAUUAGUGUGGGAAGUUUGGGGCAGUAUGCUGGUGAGACGGAUAUUGUUGAGAAUGUGCUGGUGACAAACAUAACCAUGUUCAACGCCUCUGACAUGACUCGCAUCAAAGUCUGGCCAGGCAGCGCCGCCGCUCUCUCGGGUGAUCUCCAAGGAGGCGGUGGCACUGGACGCGUCUCGAAUAUCAGCUACACCGACAUGGCCAUCUCAAAUGUCGACUACGCGAUCGAAAUCACGCAGUGCUAUGGCCAGAACAACUUCACUCUCUGCAACGAGUAUCCUUCGAAGUUGUCGAUCGAGGGCGUGAAGAUCGCUGGCUUGAAGGGGUCGACGAGCGUGAAUUAUGAGCCCGUGAGCGGGUAUGUGGUUUGUAGCAGCCCGGAGGUGUGCAGUGGGAUCGAGGUGGAGGAUAUCGACGUCGUGGCGCCGGAUGGGACGAGGAAUUUGUUCGAGUGCGGGAAUGUCGACGAGAGCUUGUUGCAGGGUGUGACUUGUAAGCCUGUUCAAGAUGAUUAG